CCUCCCGUCCAUUUCCACCUCCAAUUCUCUCCUGGUGGUCGCGGCUUCCUCCUCGCCUUCGAUCUCCUUCGCCUCGUGCCCGGCGGCCGGUCGGGCGGUCGUCUGAAUCCUUUCUACUCGCGCGGUCUAGCUCGAUGGCCAUGGCGAACAACCCCACGAAAUCCGGACACUACGCGCAGAACAAGGGCCGGUCGCUGCCCAAGUUCGGGGAGUGGGACGUGAAGAACCCGGCCACGGCCGACGGCUUCACCGUCAUAUUCCAGCGAGCCCGCGACGACAAGAAGACGACCGCUGGCCCCGGGAGGCCGGGCAUCCCGCCGGCCUUCAGGAACGCCGACGGCGGCAACGGCACCAUCAAAACCGGCAACGGCUACCCGUACGCCAGGGUGGCUACACCCAAACGGUCCAAGAAGAAGAGCUGGUUCUCCUGCACCAGCUGCCGAUUCUGAUGCCGUAGCUGCUUGCCGUCGUUGGUGAGAGAGAUCCGAUACUUCGCCGCGCCACGACCAGAAGCACGUACUCGGCGGGAGGCGACGGUGGAACUUUUGGCGAUCGUGGUGCUUCUGACCCUGCUCGGUCGCCGCAUCUCACGUGCAGAACAUCAUCCAUGAGUGAUGUCUCCCGUUGAUCUGUAUGAAUAAUUUGUGUCCAAUAAAAGGGGGGAAGUGGCUAGUUAUGUAAAACGACCUGUGACUUGUUACCCUAUUGUUUUGCAAAUGUUCAUGCUAAUCAUGCCAUAAACACGAACUGUUCGCUUCA